AUGAAUCGCAAAAAAUCUGUAUGUAAUGAUUAUUACUUAUUAUCACCAAAUCAAUGCUAUUAUUGUCAUUCACAAAAAUUAAUAUCAUUAUCUAGUUAUAGUUGUUGUUCAUGUACUAUAUCAUGUGAAGAAAUUUCAACAUGGAUUCUUAUUUGUUCAUUGAUAUUUCUUUUAUAUAAUACAAUUAAACUGUGUAUUAUAGUUUUCUUAAUUUCCUUAAUGAUUUAUUGGAUUUCUAAAAAACUUGACAUUUUUCAUAUGAUCAAAGAAUUCUAUCGAAGAAAAAUAAAUUCAAAAUCAUCUAUUGGUAAUAGACAAACAAUACAGAACGAUGGAUCUGUUCGUUCAAUCAAUGAACAGUAUCUCAUUACAAAUCCUAUUCACGAUAAUAAUAUACUACUGCAUGAAGUGAACAAAACGCUGAAUGAUUUAGAAUCAGAAAAUGAUCAGCAUAGUUUUCGUACGGUACCAAUAUCAAAUUCAAAUCUCGAUAUCGGCACAAUAUCAAACAAUGAUUUUUCCAAAGCGAAUAAUUGUGAUAUUAUGAUCAAUGAAACGAUUGAAAAAUCGAAAAGAAAUAAUCAUGAAAGAAAAGAAUCGUUUUAUUCAACAACUAAAAGAAUAUUUAUUGAAAAUACUCCAGAUCAAAUUGAAUUUUCGUCAGAUGUCUCACAACCAGGAUACUAUGGACCCAUUCAUACAAUUGUGAGUUCUAUGAUUCAAUUUUACAAUGCAGAUAGCCAAGAAAAAUUUAAAAAACACAUCGAAACUAGAUCGAAGAAUCCGAUAUUGAUAAAAUCUCAAAUAUUUAUUGAUAUUUCUCAAACAUCACUUGUGUCCGAUACACAAAUGAAAAAUGAAACAGAAAUGCUUACUGAUGUUAUUGAACAAACGAAAGGAAUCCGCCAAAUAAUUGAAACUUUACGUAAAGAAAUUUUACAAUUAAAGAAUAAUUCAAAUAACGAAAUAAAUAAGGAUAAAUUAAAUUUAUCGAUAGAAGAAAAAAGUAUUCUUAAAUUAGCUACAGAAAAUCUAAUUCAAGUUAUUCUAUCGACUAGAGUUGGCAAAAACAAGACAACAGAAAAAAAAUUUCAAAAUGAAUCCUUAAGCAAGUUAGUUAAAUCUGUUCAAUGUAAUGAAAAAUAUAAAUUUUCUUCGUUGAUAUGCAAUGAUAAUAAUCAACAAUUAGAGGAAAAUAAUUAUAUAAAAUUCGAACGAUCGUCUACAUUGAAAGUCCCUCCUAAAGAAACCGACAAUUUUAUUGAAGCACAACUCAACAAGCCUAAAUGUGUAACUCUACAACCUUCAUUUGUGACAAAUUCCAGAAUGCCUCGUGUACCUACUAAAGCAGCUGUAAUCAACUGUAAUAAGAAUAAUGAACUAGCUGAAACAUCAUACAAUGAUUAUAUUAUAACAACAAGUGAACACUUCGAAAAUAUUCCUUCAAGAGAUGAGCGACAAUCCAAACAUGAAUUCAUUUUAAAACGAGAUUCACUUAUCUAUAACGAUGAACCAUUCGACUGGAUUUAUUAUUCAUCAAAACUUGAUCGUUUUCCAAAUCUUACUCAAACUGAUCUUCCAAUUGCUCACUCUAAUGAUGAACAUUCAUUGUUUAAGCAAACACGACGCCCUCGUUUUCGUCAUCGUCCUAAUUUUGCUUUGACGAAUAAUCCAGCAACACUUCAUUCCUCCUCACUUAAUGCUACUAGUAUAAGACAAAACAAAAUUGAUUCAUCUCAUUUUACAUCAUAUUUACCAUCAUCAUCAUCAUCAUCAGUUAGUUCUUCUAGUGAUUGUAAACAAUAUCAAUAUAAUACAAUAGCAGAACGACAAAAAAUAGCAGAAAAAUUACUGAACAAUAAAGAAUCAUUUGAUUAUAUUUGGAAUAAAACAUUAACUCAUUUAAAACAAAGAGUAUUUCGAGUUCGAAAAAGUCGAAUUAUUAUGUCAUUCGAUGAUGUUCAACAAGAAAGAAAUGGUAGCGUAGAUUUUUUUCAAUAUUUACUUGUUUUUUCUAUGGAUAGUCAAAUGUCUUUUCUUUUUAUAGGAAAUCAUAAUGACAAGAAUAGUUUUAAUACAUUAGUCGAUACUAUUGUACAAGACAUAUCAACAGAAAUUAAUCGUGCUCGUUCUCAAGUAAAACUUCAUAGAACUAAUUCUGCUAUGACCUAUCCGUUGCAAAUUAAUAAACAUGAAACUAAAAGAAUUUCAAAUGAUUCAAUGACUUCUCUUAUUCAAUCAUUUGAUUCUGUUAUUCGUGAAGGGGAAUUAUCUUUAUACAACGACAAACAGUACAAGUCGUUUUUUCAACAUGAAAACGUGAACGAAGAUAAUUUAUCAAAUGUUAGCGACAGCUUAUAUAGCGUCACAAGUCAAUUAAUUCCUAUAUAA